UACUUACACCUACAAACUUGUCAUUUUUUUUUCCUCUUCUAAUAUGGGAUUUUCAGCAUUUUAAUAAUUCUCUUGUUGAUGUGAACAUUUCAUCAACAAUGUACUACGACGUAAAGAAAGCAAAGAGCAUGUGUUCGACAAAAAAUGGACCCUGUCGUCUAAAUCUUGCAUACCCUACUAAUCAAUAUAUCGUUCAAGCAACACCUGAUACUCAAGCCCUGUCUGGAGCGUCGUACAUUGAGAUAUCUUUCAUCAUCCGUUUUAUCUUUUAUCUUGGAGUUUUAGGAGUAUUAGUAAUAAUCAUUUGCCUUAUACUGAAAUCUUUGGGGGCUUGUGAUGAUGAGAGUUAUCUAGAAGAAACACAUGUAUCAAGAGAAAUAACUGAGACCGAUCCCAUUUUGCCACAGAAGGAAGUAAGAUCAACUUAUGGAACAUAUGAAGAAGAGGGAAAUUCUGGCAGAUCAAGCUCUUCAGAGGAUUUAUAUGAUUGCAAAAUUUGUGUUAUUUGCUAUGACAAUCCAAGAAACUACUUUUUUGUUCCUUGUGGUCAUUGUGUAACUUGUCAAGAAUGUGCUCAGAGGAUCAUGCAUGUAGAAAGUAUGGUGUGCCCAGUGUGCAGAAGGCCAAUUCAUAAAGUUAGAAAGCUUAUCAUUCCUUAAUUGGAAAACUUGACCUUGUGAAUUCCUUUUUUUUUUAUCUCGGGAAAUUUUAAUAAAGUUGUGAAGAUGUGUAAUCAGUGUAUGAACUUUUAGAAACUCCAUAUAUAGUUUUUGAGAAGAUGGAGAAGGACUAGUUAAUUCAAACAAAAGAUUGAUUGAAUUGUUUUACUAGGACAAUUCAUGGUUUAUACACUUAGUCAGAAGGAGUAACCAAUGGAGUCUAUGAAUUUACCUAUGGGCUAAUCAAUAAGCGACCUCUUUAGCCUCAAAUUUAAAUACGUUGGUGCAAUAUACUAUCCUCAUUUAUGCUUCGGUGGCGCCUUUUGGCCUUCUCUUAGCUAUGGACAGGAGCACUAGUGGACAACGGGAAGGAGCAUGUGAAACAUGUUCGUAAUAGAAAGAAAGAUACUACUACUUCGCCU